UGGAGAAACAACUGAUGGAGAGGGAGGGGGAGAGGAAGAGAGAACUUGAGAGUCAGCUUGGAGAAGAUAUGAGAAAAAGAGAAGAGGAAAGAAAGUAUGAGGAGGAAAUGAAAAUGAGGAAACUGGAAGACAUGAAGAAUGAAUUGUUUGGAAAAAUUAGAGAGUUGGAGGAGGAGAGGAAGAGAGAACUUGAGAGUCAGCUUGGAGAAGAUAUGAGAAAAAGAGAAGAGGAAAGAAAGCAUGAGGAGGAAAUGAAAAUGAGGAAACUGGAAGAGGACCUAACGAAAGAAAAGAGGCAGAGACAGAUUGCAGAAGAAAAUAUGACACAUAUGGAGAAACAAAUGAGAGAGCUGGAGGAGAGGGAGGAGGACAGGAAGAGAGAUCUUGAGAGUCAGAUUAGAUAUGAGAAAAGAAAGCACGAAGAAGAAAUAAAAAUGAGGAAACUGGAAGAAAUGAAGAAUGAAUUGUUUGGGAAAAUGAGAAAGUUGGAGGAGGAGAGGAAGAGAGAACUUGAGAGUCAGAUUAGAGAAGAGAAAAGGAAGCACGAAGAGGAAAUGAAAAUUAGGAAACUGGAAGAGGACCUAAUGAAACAAAAGAGGCAGAGACAGAUUGCAGAAGAAAAUAUGACACAUAUGGAGAAACAAAUGAGAGAGCUGGAGGAGAGGGGGGAGGACAGGAAGAGAGAACGUGAGAGUCAGAUUAGAGAAGAGAAAAUAAAGCACGAGGAGGCAAUGAAAAUGAGGAAACUGGAAGGCAUGAAGAAUGAAAUGUUUGGAAAAAUGAGAGAGUUGGAGGAGGAGAGAAAGAGAGAACUUGAGAGUCAGAUUAGAGAAGAGAAAAGAAAGCACGAGGAGGAAAUUAAAAUGAGGAAACUGGAAGACAUGAAGAAUGAAAUGUUUGGAAAAAUGAGAGAGUUGGAGGAGAGGAUGAAAAAGAUGGAAAGACAGCAUGCAGAGAAGACCACGAUGGAGGAGGAGAAGGAGGAAAGAAAGGGGGUGGAAGACACAGUGAGGAUGAAAGAGCUGAACAAGACAGCCUUGGAUGUGUGGGAAUUUCACGUUGGAAGUCAUGAAUGUCCGAAACACAGAAGUGAUUCAGAAUGUUCAGAUUGUGAUGACGGUAAAAGUGCCAAAGCACACCAGAAGAAGACAGACAAAGAGAAGAAUGAAACGAUGGAAGCACUCCUGACUGAGGAAAAAUGUAACAGUAGUGAUGAUGAUGAUGAUGGUUUCACUGAGAUGAAACAAAAGGAUGGACAUAAAAAUAUGCUUGUUGAGGAGAAGGUAACUUCAAAUUACUGUCAGAAUGAUCAACCAGGAAAAGUCAAAGUUCAAAAUGACCUGGCAGGUGAUAUAGACUGGUCAGAGAGUGACUACAGUGAGAUUGAGGUAAUAAUCGACAGUGACACUGAGGACAUUAGUGAAGAAAUAAAGGAAACGGAUGAGGAGGAGGAGGUUGAAGAUAAGACAGAUAUUGAGAGUGAUGUGAGAACAGUAAGAAAUGUGAUAAGAAGUGAAUGUGAGGAUGAUAAGAGUGGGAAACCAAACAUGAAGAAAGGCAUGGUUGACAAAGACAAUACGGACAACAACGUUGAGAAAGAGAAAACAACCCAAAGCAACACAAAGAGAGAGGAGGGUGAGAGAAAAGAGGUUCAAAGCCAAGACACAGAGACAUACAAAACCAAUGGAGCGACAGAAUCUGACGAGCUCACUUUGGCUCCUGGAAAGGGGUCAGAUAGCAAUGACAGUGAGAGGGUCAAAUCCAACCAAGAGAAAGAGAAGGAUGACCAAAAGGACACAGGACAGUUAGAGAGUCAGGAGGAGAAGAAGGAGGACAGGAUACUUGCUGGAGCAGAGGGAGAGACUCAGCAUCCUCAGGAAGACCAAUCGGAAACAUGCAAAGAUUUUUCAAUUUUCGCAGCGGCAAUGGUUAAGAUUCAGGGCCCAGACGAGGAUCAACUAGCAGUUGAAGGAAAGACUAACAACACUCAGACAGACCAGGCAGCAAAGGUCAAAGGUGAAAUGGACCUGGACAAUGACUGGUCAGAGAGUGACAGUGAGACUGCGGAAAUUACAGCUGAUUUUGAGAUUGAUGAGGAAACAGACCAACCAGCAACGUGCGGAGGUAAGAAGACAGUCAGUGGAAUUACAAUGAGGAGUGCUGAUCUUGUUUGACAGCAUGUGAA